AUGGCACCUAAAAAGGCCGCCACGGCGGACAAUGGCAAGCAGAAGACCCUAAUGGGCUUCUUCUCGAAGCCUGCAGCCGGUACUCCUGCGAAAAGUCAGACUUCGAAACCGCGUCUUGCGCCUACCCCACACGCCGUCGCGAAUGACAGCGCGCCGAGCUCUAGUCCUCCGUCGCCGACCGACCCGAGGACGCCGAUACUACCCAAGAAAAAGCUCGUCCCGAGUACUGUCAGCAGCUCUGUGUACUCUAGCGGUGGCUCGGCCAAAGAGCCGCCAUCCAGCGACGUCGUGGACGUCGACAUGCUCUCCGACGAGGAACAGCCAGUCAAAUCUACGAAAGGAAAGGGCACGAAACGCAAGAAGUCUGUCGUUGAUUCAGACGAAGAGGGAAGCUCCGGUGAAAUAAACGCCGCGGCGUACAAGAAGCGGCAGUCGCAGGUCAAAUCCGCUACGACAAGUGCUACGCCUGCAAAGAAGGCACGCAUGUCUGUGUUAUCUGACGAGGACGAAGACGAGGACACAGGAGCGGAGAGUUCGUUUGCUGGACGCCUGAACAAGUUCAAGAAGUCUCCCAAGAAGAAGAAGCUCUCGCGCAAAUCCGCUUCAUCUGACGAUGACGACUUCGUGGUUCCAGACGACGUUGACGAAGAAGAUGAGCCGGAGUUAGAAGACCUCCGCUCGCGUGCAUCUUCGCGAUCUUCACGCCGUUCUUCCGCAACUGACGACGAAGACGUUUUCCUGGACGACGAUGACGAAGAGGUACCUAAGCCUAAGAAGAAAUCGUUUUCGGGUGGCUCAAAGAAGAGCGCUGCUGCCGCUCGUCCGCAGUUGAAGAACGCGGCCGCAGGAGGUAGUGGAAGUGGAUCAUUCUUGACCGCUGCCGAGCAGCGCGCUCAAGCCAACAAGGAGGACAAGAAGGAAGGAGAGAGUCCGUUCUCCUUCUUACAGGACGUGCGCGACAAAGAUGGUGUACGGCCCGGGGAGCCUGGCUAUGACGCUCGUACAUUAUUCGUCCCGAAAAGUGCCUGGGCCAAGUUCACGCCAUUCGAGAAACAAUUUUGGGAGAUCAAGCAGAACCACUACGAUACGGUGCUCUUCUUUCAGAAGGGCAAGUUUCUUGAGCUAUAUGAAGAAGACGCAUUCAUUGGCCAUCGCGAGUUUGAUCUGAAGUUAACGCAGCGCGUGAAGAUGUCCAUGGUUGGUGUACCUGAGAUGUCCUUCAACUUCUGGGCAGCGAAGUUCUUAGCGAAGGGGUACAAAGUUGGGCGUGUAGACCAAGCUGAAACGGCGCUUGGUGCGGAGAUGCGCGUGGCGGCCAAUAAGGGCAAAGGUGCCGUUAAGGAAGACAAGGGCAAGGACAAGAUCGUUAGGCGCGAACUCAACAAGGUGUACACGAACGGGACGCUCGUCGAUGAGGCAUUGCUUACGGAUGAGCAAGCCGGGCAUUGCAUCUCUAUCACCGAGUCGACCCCUGAAGGCGGGGAAAGCGAAGACAUAUUCGGUUUAUGUGUGCUGGACAGCGCUACCAGCGAGUUCAACCUGAGCGUCUUUACGGACGAUGUUUGCCGUACUCGUCUCGAGACAACUCUGCGUCAACUGCGACCGAAGGAGAUUGUGUUCACGAAAGGGAACCUUUCUCCCUUCACGACACGGCUGCUGAAGAGCAUUCUACCAUCGUCCUGCCUGUGGACCAGCUUGCGCGACGUGGAGGGAUUCGACUACGAUCAGACGCUCUCCGAGCUCGAGACGCUCUAUCCGUCCGAUGACCCUGAAAAUCCUCAUUCGGAGGCGCCUCCCGCCAUUCGCGAACUACUGGGUGACCGCACCGCCAUCUGCGCCCUCGGCAGCAUGAUCUGGUAUCUCCGCCAACUCAACAUCGACCGCGACUUGCUCACGAUGCGCAACUUCAACGUAUACGACCCGCUUGCCCGUGGUGCUGGACUGGCGCUCGACGGCCAGACGCUUGCGCAUAUCGAGGUUCUGCAGACCACCGAGGGUGACACUGUAGGCAGCUUGCUCGGUCUGUUGCAACGUUGCGUCACGCCGUUCGGCAAACGCCUCUUCCGCGUCUGGCUUUGUGCCCCGUUGCGGGAUAUCAAGGACAUCACCGCCAGACAGGACGCUGUUGAGGACUUGAUGAAGAGCACGGACUUCGAGCAGACGUUCGUGGCUAUCACAAAGGGUCUUCCGGAUCUUGAGCGCCUUGUCUCGAGGAUCCACGCGAAGAACUGUAAGGUCAAGGACUUCCUGAAGGCUCUGCAGUCCUUCAGAGUUCUCAACAAGGGACUCAAGGAGCUCGCAGACCGGAGCGAAUCCUUCAAGAGCCGCACGGUACUUGGCCUUCUCCGUGGAGCACCGGACUUACUUCCGUACAUCAAGAAUAUCGAGGCUCGCUUCCAGAAGCCUGAGAAAGAGACCGACGACCUUAUCCCGGUGGAGGGGAAAGAUGACGAGUUCGACGCGAACAAGGAGGAGAUAGACGAGCUCGAGAGUCAGCUGGCCAAGGAACUCAGGAAGCUUACCAAAUCGACAGGGUUGAGUCUCAGCUAUUGGCACAGUGCCCAAGGUCAGAAGGACAUCUACCAGGUGGAGACCAAGGCCGGCGAGAAGGUCCCACGGGAAUGGACGAAGUCUGGCGGCACCAAAGCCAAGUCGCGGUACAACGUUCCAGCCCUGGCCACGCUGAUCCGCUCCCUCAAGGAGGCUCGCGAGCGGAAGACCGCCAUAGUCAAGAACUUCAAGUUCCGGGUGUUUGCCGAGUUCGACGAAGAUCGCGGGUCUUGGUUGCGCGCGGUGCGCGUACUCGCCGAAUUGGACUGCCUUCUUGGUCUUGCGCGUGCCAGUAUCGCGCUCGAGGAGCCUGCGUGCCGUCCCACCUUCGUGGAGGACGAGUCGGUCCUUCAGUUCGAGCAGCUGCGUCAUCCCGUACUGGCGGAGAAAUAUUCUGGUGGCUUUAUCCCCAACGACAUUGGGCUUGGUGGCGCACGGGGGCGCAUCGCGCUACUGACCGGCCCGAACAUGGGAGGAAAGUCUACGGUGAUGCGCAUGACGGCGACGGGCGUAAUCAUGGCGCAGCUGGGAAUGUUUGUACCGGCAAAGAACGCGCGCCUAUGCCCCGUCGACGCCAUCUUGACGCGCAUGGGAGCGUACGACAAUAUGUUCGCGAGCGCGAGUACGUUUAAGGUCGAGCUGGACGAGUGCUGCAAGAUCCUGCGCAGCGCCACUCCUCGCACACUCGUCAUUCUCGAUGAGCUCGGCCGUGGUACAUCUACGUACGAUGGCAUGGCCAUCGCCGGCGCCGUACUCCAUCAACUAGCCACACACACUCUACCCCUCACGUUCUUUGCCACUCACUACGGUGGGCUCACGGAUGACUUUGCUUACCAUCCGAAUGUACGCAACAUGCACAUGCAGACGCAGAUCGACGAUGACCAGCGCACACUCACGUUCCUGUACAAACUUGUCGACGGCAUUGCUACUGGCUCGUUUGGAACUCAUGUCGCGACGCUUGCCGGUGUACCCGAGGAUGUGGUUGACCGUGCAGCGGUCGUCAGCGCCGACUUUGCGAAUACCUUCCGCGCCAAGAUAGAGGGUCGGCGGAAGGCCGCGGGACCUGGUAGCCGGCUACCGCUCGUCGCACAGGCUGACUUCGCGUUCCUACACGCGCUCGCCACUGGUCGCAAGACGCUUGCAGAUGGGACAGAUGCGGCGCGGGCUCGUGACGUCUUGCAUGGUCUUCGCAAGACUGUCGGAGCCUGCCUCAAGGCUGUCGACGCGCGCUGA